AUGCUUUUAACGUCAGCGCUAGGCACGUGGGCGGGCGGCCAGCAGUACUUCCGCGUGCGUCCCCGCGACACCCAGGCAGUCGAAGCGCAGACUACCGAGCUGCAGUGUCACGUGGGCAACUUGGCCGGACCCGUUCAAUGGAGCAAGGACGGCUUCCUCCUAGGUUUCGACCCCUCCAUACCAGGCUUCCCGAGGUACACAAUGAUCGUAGACAAUCAACGCGGCGUCUAUAAUCUGCGCAUCAGCAACGUCCAGAUGGAGGACGAGGCAGAAUACCAGUGCCAAGUUGGACCGGCCCACAAGAAUCAUGCCAUUUGGACUGCUGCUCGCAUCACAGUGCUCGUGCCGACAAAAGAGAUCGAGCUACGCCACCGGAACGGCAGCGUAGUGGAAGUCAGAGAAGCCGAGAGCCUCGUCAUCGCCUGCUGGGUGCGGAACACCAAGCCCGCAGCCAACAUCAGGUGGCUGCGGAACUCCCUGCCACUCGCGCAAGAAAAAGUGCUGACGAGAAAGAAUGCAUCCGGGGAAAAGCUAUUUUCGGUGUACAGUUCCGUCACGCUUUACCCGAAGCUGGACGACAAUCGAGCAGUGUACAGCUGCGAAGCGACGCAUCCUGCUCUUGAGAGUCCACUACAGGCUUCAGUCACUGUCAGCGUGCUAUAUCCACCCGGUGCUCCGGAGAUCGAGGGCUACCACGAGGGCGACAUCGUGCAGGUCGGGGACACGCUCACGUUGGCCUGCAUCUCGCGCGGCGGCAAUCCACCGGCCUCGCUCUCCUGGAGCCGCGAAGGCCGGCCUCUGAGGGCGCGCUACAAGGCGGCCUCGCGCGAGGCCACCAGCGCCUACACGUUCACCGUGACGGCAGCGGACAACAACGCCGUGUACCGAUGCGAGGCCAGCAACUUGGUCACACUGCAGCCUUCGCAGGCAUCGGUCACGCUCAGCGUACUCUUUCCCCCCGCUCGUGUCUUCAUGACGGCGCCCAAGGAGGCCAAAGCCGGCGACCUGGUGACCGUGUCGUGCACCACGGCGCCCAGCAACCCGGCGGCCGAAGUCUCCUGGCAGCUGGACGGUCGCGCCGUGCAGCCUGCGUCCGACCAGUCCACGGUGCAGAACAAGAACGGCUGGAUCACCUCUUCCAACCUCACCAUCACGUUGACAAGGCAGGAUCCCGACGUCAAGUCGUUCACGUGUAUAGCGGAAAACAACAAGCUGCAGGCAACAGUCGUCCAAACGGUGACCGUCAAAGUCAUAUAUCCCCCCCGCGCGCCUGUGAUAAUCGGCUACGACGAAGGCACCCCUAUCGUGGCCAACUCGAUACAGCGCAUCAAGUGCGUCUCAAUCGGAGGAAACCCGCUUCCAUCGGUCAAGUGGUACAAGGGCACCAAGGAGUACUCAUCGCUGUCUACGGUCACAGGAAGCGGAGUGUCAAGUGUGUUGGAAAUCAUGGCUCAGCCCGACGACAAUCAGGCGACGUUUCACUGCAAGGCCUCCAAUUCGGCCACAACGCAACCUCUUACGACGUCAGUCAAGACGACGGUUCUGUUUCCUCCUAAAGUUGUUUCCAUCACGGUGGUUCCCCAGACUCCCAAGGAAGGCGACACGGUGGUGUUGACGUGCGAGUCUGGCAGUUCAAACCCGGAGAGCAGUAUCCGCUGGGAGCGCGACGGUCGCAGCCUGUCCGGCCAGCACCAGAGUCGCGUGGCGGCCCCUCACGGCGGCAAGGCGACACGCAGCCGACUGCGGCUCAACGUGACGGCGGCCGACGACGGCGCCACGUUCACCUGCCUCGCCUCCAACCAGGUUCAGCCGGCGGCCACCAGGAGCGUGGCGCUCAGAGUGCGACGUAAGGGACCCAAUCUGCCGCAGCGGAAAUCUAACGCUGACGCGCCUCUGCUUUUGGUUUUCCCAGACAAGCCACUGUUCCUGCACCCGGCCGUGGCAAAACACGAGGUGAAGCAAGGCGACAGCGUGCUGCUGAACUUGUCCGCGAAGGCGUACCCUUCGAAGAUAAGCUACGCAUGGACCAAGGAAGGCGUGCCGCUGCCUCAGGAGUCGUGGCGGGAAACGCGCAGGGUUUUCCACCGCGCCUCGGCGCUCGUCAUCAACAACGCGCAGAAGGACGACAGCGGGCGCUACGAAUGCGAAGCCAGGAACAGCGUCGGAUCGGCCAAGGUCGCCGUUGUGGUCAAGGUUCACUACCCUGCGCGCAUCACCAAGAUAACGGAGCAAGUGCUGGCCGGUUCGGGCGAGAACGCCUCGCUGGCAUGCGCCGCGGACGCGGACCCGCUGACGGACGACGUGGUGCGGUGGCGACGACCGGGUUUCGACCUCCGGCACCGCGCCAAGCUGCUGCUCGAGCGUGGCCGUGCCUUCCUGACUGUGUUCAACGUCACCAGGGAGGACGAAGGCCUGUUCGAGUGCGUCGCCCACAACGGACUCGGAAACCACGUCGCCCGCGCCGCCAGGCUGAUCGUCAAGUUCAAGGCGGCCAUGCUUCAGGCCCGCGAGACGAUCCUGGCGGCCGAGCUGGGCCGGCCGCUGUCGCUCUCAUGCGCAGCCCAGGGUGCACCGACGCCCGCGUUCGUCUGGUCCUUCGGCAAGCUGGCGUUGGACAGCGACACGCGGCGCAUCGUGCGCAGCGAGAAGGAGGACGUGGUGCGAUGGAGGUCCACGCUGUCCGUCGAGAGGGUCGAGUCCGGCGACUACGGCCGCUACACGUGCACCGCGCGCAACGAGCUUGGCUCCGACUGGUCCCGCUUCACGGUGCUACCCAGGGGGAAACCUGAGCCGCCCACGGCGGUGCGUGCGCUGAACGACUCGAGCAGCAGUUCCGCUGUGCGCACAAGGAGGCUCGGCGGAGGUCCGGGCUCCAUCCGCUACGAGCACACGGCCGCGGCACAGGGCGUCUCCGAGCUGCUCGUGACGGGACUCGAGCCCGGCGUCGAGUACGCGUUCAGCGUGCAGGCGCGCAACGCGCUCGGCGAGAGUGCCUUCAGCCACGAGUCACCAGCUGUCGCUACGAGAGCAUCUGAAAAGAACUCUGUCGGCCCUUCGGCGGACAUGCAGUUCUGCAAUUCGGCAAGCCACGAGUCCACCUUCGACGGGCAUUCCAUGGCGACGAGUGAUGUUUACGUUGGUCACGCCAUAACUGAGAUACCUCCUAGCGGAGAAGAGCCAACCGGCGACGAGACCGAGCAGUGCUGCACCGGCAUCAUCUACGCGCCAUUGGCAACAGUUCCUCCUCCUCCGCUCGAGUCGUUCGACCACGGCGAUGCACUGCUGCCGCGAAGCUCGAGUCACACACCGUGCGCGCAGGACUCCAUUGUGCGUGCCGUGCCCAGCCAUCCGCAGACUGCGGCGGUCAGCUGCGUUCUCGGAAAGCUGGGCAGCCACAUGGUGUGA